CCUAUCACGCACAACCUGAAGCAAAGUCGAGCCCAACCCCGUAGAGACGAAUUCCAGCAGGAUUUGGCUUCUUCCACCAGUCGACCUGACGACGGGCUGAUUUUCCUUAAAGAUCCCACCAGGCGGAAACUAGCAUUCCCCUUCAAGAUCGCCAAAACGUGGCAUGUGAGUGUGAGCCCAGUACUGGUGCUGGGACUGGGUAUAAGCUGAUUUCGAGUCCGGCAUGUAGGGAAUGGAAGAACUGAUCCAGCAAGCCUGUGGUCACAUCAACGGAAUUGGGCCUCACAUUGAGGCUGGCCGCUACGACCUCGUCGCGCCUGACGGGAGCGUUAUCCUUCCUUCUGUCUGGGACCUCUACGUCAAACCCGGUUGGCUUGUGUCAAUGCGAAUGUGGCCGGAAUUUGACGAGGAGAAGAAGAGAGAAGAGGAAGCCUUCAAAAAGAAGUUGUUCGAGGAGGUUAGGGCCGAGGUCACAAGAGAUAAGGAAACGGCCAAGGCGAGCUCGACAAUCAAGUUCAAAGACGCUGUGGGGAGAAAGUUUACCUUCCCCUUCGCUGACGCUUCAACAUGGCAAGGGAUGGAGGAGCUCAUCAAACAAGCCUUUCUACACGUCGAUGUAAUCGGUCCUCAUGUGCAGAAGGGACACUAUGAUUUGAUCGGGCCAAGUGGAGAGGUUAUCCUCCCCACUGUAUGGGAAAAGGUCAUUGAGCCGGACAUGCCCAUCACCAUGCAUAUGUGGCCCAUGAUGCCUCCGCCUCCGCCUGGACCGCCUCCGGCUUCUAGGCCGGCAAGAAUGUGGCACGGCAUGCCCCCACUCCGGCCAGGUACUUGGACAAAUCCACCAACUCAGCGGCAACUUCCGGUAGUAACAGCGUAAGAAAGGGUCAGUACUCUCUACUCUAUUCGGGCAGCGCUCUCAGAAGGAAACCAUCCCAAAACCAGACUCCCGGGCGACAGGGCCCGUCAACCUAUCAUGGAAGCUACCAAAGCAUCAAAGAAGCAGCUCUAGCAGCUCCGAAAAAGACGAAGAUGACGACUCAAGUUCAGACCUUUCGACUCGGAAAAGGGCUCGAAGUCACUCGAGAGUUUUGAGUCACUCCUCGAAGAUUUCGAGCAAGUCCGAGUCGGGUGACUCACAGCUCUCGAGCAAAUUCGAACUCUCGUCGAGUAGUUCCGAG